UCGCCCUGCCCGCCCGACCUCGUCGUGGUCACAGCAGCCGUGGACGGCAAGGUGAAGAUGACGCGGCUCUCGACGGGCGCCGUGGUCAAGUCGUUCACGCUGGACCAGGGCCCCGUGCGGACGUUCCAGCUCUCCGGGGACGGCUCGCUGCUGGUCACCGGCCAUGACGACGGCGACGUGGUGGUGACGCGGACGGACAUCCUGUGUCCGCCGCUGGUGCUGAAGCUGCACCAGAGCUGGGUGCACGACCUGGCCGUGUCGCCCGACGGUCGCACCAUCGUCUCCGUCGGCGACUGCCUCGCCUGGUGGCGACUCUCCAACAAACAAUGCACGCCUGAGCACGGCCGCCUGUCGGCACAGGCGCCGGGCUCGCCGCGCCUCCGGCCGCCGGAGAAGCAGUACUUCUCGUACUGGUCGGGUCGUCCGGUGGAGCCGCCGGCUGGUGGCGGGGUCACCGCCGAGCUGCGUCAGGUGUUUGCCUUCCGCGGCACGCUGGCGCGGCGGCUGGCCGUCGACGACGACUGGACCACGCUCGUCACCAUCGACGACGCCGGCGUGCUCUACGUGCUCCAGGUCAUGUGACCGCGCUAGCGGCUAGGGGAGCGUGGACGCUAGCGGCCGGCGCAAGUAGCUGUGGUGCAGGCGGCGCUCGGGACGUGGCGACGGGCUGCGCUCGCGCGUCGGCCGAUGCGAGUCCGCGCGCGACGUCGGCGCUCUGGUGAUCUCAGAUGACUGGGGGCAUUUGGCGAACAGGCGCUGGCGGUCACGACGUCGCUCACGGUGUACAAGUCAGCGGUCCGCCCUCCGCCUGCUAAUUCGCUCAGUGAAGAUCGCACGGACGCUCCGCGGUGAGAAUGACGCGUUACGCGGUCCCGGCUUCCAGCGUUGCCAUGGAGAUUCUCCGCGACGCCUGCCGGCCAGUCGCGCUUAUCUUUCGCCCCGCCGGCGCUGGGCGGGGCCAGCCGCGGCGUGCGAUGGGGCUGGAGGAGGGCGCGCCGGCGGGGCUGUGAUCAGUGUGAGUCGCGACCGGGUGAGCGGGCCAGCUCAAAAGUGAGGUGAUGAGGCCCGGCCCUCCACCGGUUGCGGGAGCGCACAGGUGGACCAGUCUUUCGCCAUGUGUGCCUUGCGCAGUGGGCUAGUCAGUGGGGACCGCGGCGCCGCGCGAACGGUGGUAGAGUAAGAGUGAUGUGCGUGCUAGGGAGGGCGAUGGGCCGCCAAUGGCAGCGUUCCUCGGUAGUAAGCUCGUGACGCUGAAGUCCCGUUCACUUUGGUGCAUUUCAGGCCGUUUUUCGGCAUACCCUGUACCCAGGGCGUCAGAUGAAUUACGUACAGCACUCACUUUCGUGCAAGGCUUUGGACCCUUGCCUUUAAUCUAAUGUUAGCGACAGUUAUGGACGGUUACUUGCCUUGGCUCACAGCUGACAUAGCUUAGCCUACUCAACUUUCGCCAGGCCGCUGUCGAAAUUCCCGCCCUCUGUGACGGUCUAGCUGCAGUCUUCCAGGUCAUGUACAGCAUUAUCCGCCGCAGAUUGAUUUUUCAUUGGCCUCCAGAAUGAAAUGGCGCCACACAGUUUUGCCCGGGGCCACGCUCGAAGCCCCCGGCGUACGACAGGCUGCCGCCCGCAGAGAACGGACGCAACAAAGUGAAUGGGGCUUGAGCUGCCUCCGGGUUUGACUGUCCGACCUGACGCUCGAGAGAAGCCCCCGGCUGCCGCUGGGGCGCCGGGCUAUUCCGUGCAUGCUGUGGGGAGG